AUGUCCGGCGAAGGCCCCGAUUCCAUCCCCACCUCCGCCGACCCUCGCUCCCAUCGUCCCACAAAGAAGCGCGCUCUUUCCCCCGCCUCGGCCCAGGCCGCCUCCGUCGACGCCCUCUUCGCCAAGCCCGACCGCGAGAUCCGCCUGCCCCCCUCAGCCUCGUCCGACCUCGCCCGCCCCCGCCGCCCUGGCCCCCCCGAGAUCAUCACAAACGUCCAGGGCUCCAGCGCCGGCGCCGGCUCCGGCGAGUUCCAUGUCUACAAGGCCUCGCGCCGCCGCGAGUACGAGCGCCUGCGCGACAUGGACGCCGACCUGCGUCGCCAGAAGCAUCGGGAGCAGUUCGACUCGGAAAGGACCCAGAGGGAGCGCAGGGAUGAGGAGAAGACGCGCAAGAAUAGGGAGAAGAGGGAAAGGAUCAAAGCCAGAAAGGCAAAGGCCAAGACCGACCCGGUCCCGAACCAUCCUGCCACUCCGGCUCCGGCCGCAUCCACCGAGGCUGCCACCGCCGAGAAGCCACGGGCCCAAGUCAUCACCCGAGACGACGCAGACAACGACGACCAGCCAUCCACUCCUGCGGCCCAGGCCCCCGGUCUUGUCAUACACGACGAUGACUGA